ACACAUCAGUGCCCAGCCCACAACUGCCCAUUAAUCUUUACGACUUCACAUCAAAAAAGAAAAGAAAGAAAAAGGAAAACAAUAAAUAAGAAAAAUGUUUAUGAGGGUUUAAGAAAGAGAAAAAGGGGAAUGCUAAAAACUCUAUAACCGGUGACAACAAGACGACGGCAAGAAGAAGAAGAAGAAGCAGUAGCAGCCAAGUGACAGUGAGCCAUGGUCUCAGCAGCCACCUGGAUCCGAUACGUUGUCAGCAAACUUGAAUACUCCGCCUCUGUUGGCUGGAAGAACUACAAAGGAGGUCAAAUUACAGAUAGAGAAUUAGGUGAUACCAUAUGGAAGAAUUUCUUUCAGGGUAAAUUGACAUUUAUGCACUUUAACAAAGGAGAGGAGAUGGCACCAACACUCGGAGCUCAGGGCGGCACACUUCUUGUUCGGAAGAUACCUUGGGUUGAUCCAACGAAAGUAUUUGUUGGGGAUGUUGUGGUUCUCAAGGACCCUGUAAAGUCAGAUGAUUAUCUUGUCCGUAGAUUGGCUGCCGUUGAAGGCUAUGAGAUGGUGUCCACUGAUGAAAAAGAUGAGCCCUUUGUCCUUGAGAAAGAUCAAUGUUGGGUGCUGGCUGACAAUGAAAAUGUGAAACCUAAGCAGGAAGCCAAGGAUAGCAGAACUUUUGGCCCUGUUUCCUUGACGGACAUAGUUGGCAGAGCUAUAUAUUGCCUGAGGACAGCAGUGGACCAUGGUCCUGUUAACAACAGUCACUUUAGCGUCCAGAAGGAUUCACCAGUCCUUGAAGUUGAACUGGAUGUUGAUGAGAUGGCACGAAGUCACAAAGCAUAGGUUGUGUGCGCUCUUUGAGGAAAAGAUUUCCUAGGAUUACUGAUUUGGUUGUACCCUCUUUUUCUUGUUUCCUCUUUUUUAUCCGAGCGAAAUCCAUUGGAAAAAAUAAAGUUGUGUAUUAGCGAUUUUGGUACAUUUUCCUUCAACCAGAUGCUGUCAAUCCCAAGUGUUGAUCCUUCCUCUCAAUGUGGCACCGAACGAACUGUAAACCUUUGAGGUCUUCAGUUCUAUUUAGAACGUAUUUCAAGGCUGAAACUGUACUAUGGAUGGAAGUUUGGAUAAGAUUUUCAAUAUUUCGUCCAGGUUGUGGCCAAUUGACAAAGAAGACUAUUUAUUGCAGUAGCUUGAACAUUCCUUUCACAGACCCAUUAUCCACAGUACACUAAUACAGCACGACUCGGUUACAAUACACUGUAACUUUGGUUUUAUAGUAGCACUUUCUUGAACAGUUUUUGAUAGACUUUUUGUAUUUUGUUUUGACUUGUCCCUUAGGGGACAUCCAAUAAAAUUGGGACGAUAGCGAAGGA